AUGACUUUGAACUGGGAGGAUUUCGAUCAACUCAAGCAGCUUCUCAAGCAGCAACAAGCUUGGCUAGAUGUACACAAAAAUAAUGUCGUUCAAAUGAUCUUGUGGUUUAGCAUGUCAGAUAGUUUGAUCAAACAGCGAGCUUUGCAAUUAGCUAAGGAAAAUGUGCGAAAUGGUGAAAGUUAUUGGAGCAUGUCAAGGUGUUCAACUAGUGCAACAACUCAAUAUACUUAUGAUGCAUGCAAAGCAUACGGUAAGAAUCGAUUGGAUCAGUCUAUAUCAGUUUCGAAUCCCGACUUUGGAGACUUGCGAAUAAUUGGUACUCAAAAUAAUUAUGGAGAAGACUGCCAAAUUGUGAUUCAAGAUUAUCAAACAUCACAAACUGUGCUUCAAAUAUCUCCACCAAGCAUGCAUAUUGGAAAAGUGGAAAUCUCAGCUGACGGUCGGACUGCAGCCUUCAAGCAAUUAAGCAGAAAGGUAGCACAUUGCAAUUUGAGUAGGAUUGAGUUGAUGGACGAGUGGAUCGUUUACGAUCUCGAUAAAAAUGAAGAAAUAAGCUUUGCCCAAAACGAUCAAGGGGAAGACGUUAAGACUGACUUUGAUUCCGUACAAUUUUGCCCUGCUCAAUCUCAAACCCAAGUGAUCAUGACACUCUCUGGAGAUUCCCGUGAAGUUAGGAUUUGGAAGAUUGAGGGGAAUUGUAUUAGACCUACAAAUAAGCAAAUAUCACGCCAAUACAAAAUAGAAUAUUGUGGAUGGGUACUAGUGCAAGAUAGUGCUUGUGUCUUGUUGUGGUGGAGAAAAUAUCGAAGUCAAGGAGGGAAGUCUGAACCUGUCGAUCCGCAAAAUUGGAUUAAUGAAUGUCAAAUUGAAAUGUGGAAUGCACAGCAAUGGACUUGUCGAUCAUUCAAAGUACCUGCUUUCAUCCAUGCAAAGGAUGAAAAUCGGUACUUUGCUACCAAUGAUUUUCAACAUGGCUUGCCCUUAAGGCACAUCAACAUCUACCGUGAUGCAGCCUAUAUGAUAUUGUCAUACACCAGCUCUAGAAGUAGUACAAUUGGUCUGUUAAAAAUGGAAAAAGAUAUCGAAUUUGAAAAACAGUUUCGGCCAAUAUUACAUGAUGUUGGAAACGUUAAUAUUUUGGUAUCAGGCGAUCAGUCAAUGAUCGCCUUUGACUGUUAUAGUAAGAAACUCAUACUCAAAAUGAGUGGUGAUCAAGUCCAAUCUCGUGUUGAACUUGAUCAAUCUGGUCGAUCAAUGUUUAUUCCUGGUAGUAAUCGAUUGCUUAUUUAUGAUGCACCUAAUGUUAAUGUAUAUGAAUAUAAUUUACAAGGCGAUAAAAUUGCUUGGCAAGAUAUCUCUCAAACAAAAUUGAUUUUUGUUGGUUGGUCAGUUGAUGUUGGUAGACCCCAACGUAACCCCCAAACUACCGUCAACAUAUUCGACCUGAUCGAGUUUGUAGGUAUAGAAGAUUGUAGAAAGUACAGGGAAUUAAUCAAUGGAAUACUUGAAGAAGAAUCGACUGCUAAAGAUUGGAUACGCUUCAGAUAUAGAAAGAAGGAUAACACACUCAUUCUCUUUCCUAUUUAUUUCUCCUCAAAAGCAAGGUGGAUAAUAACUAUUAACCUUACAACCGGAAUGAAGAGCGUUGAUCGACUGACAUAUAGUGGUUAUGCUGGUGUUGUGUAUGUUGACGAUGAUUAUCUUUAUGUUUGGGAAGAUGUAAGACGUAGCUUGAAAUGUUACAAGUUUGGGGAUGGUGAAUAUCAAUUACUGCAAAAUAUUGACUACCAAAGGAAGGAAGGAUUAAUGUGUAAAAUAAUGAUGAAUUAUAACCCUCAUAAGAUUGAACAUUCGCCUCUUGAGAUGGAGAAAGAAGAAUUAGUUGAUGUAUGGGGAGAGAAAGAUGCCGAAAUGAUUGCUAUUGCUCCUUUAACGGGACACUGUAAUGGCUCACUUUUGCUACUACUGGAAAAUGGAGACCAUAUAGCAAUACUCAACCAAUAUGGACAUUUACUCAUGAAAAGAUACAAAGACAACAUCAAAUACUUCGAUGAUUUCGACGAAAACAAAUUCUUCGACCAUGAAAAUCUAUGGUCGGACAAGCAGUUAAUCCUAUAUGAAAAUGGAUCUAGUUUGAAUAUUUAUAACCCCCAAACACUACAGCUACAAAUCACUCUACCAUUCCCUCACUUCCGGAUAUGGGACAUGCAAUGGAAUCUUCAACACUCUCAACUCAUCAUCAGGAGUAGAAAGGAUUACUGCUUAGUAACCCACGUGAAAAAGACAUGA